CGGAGCUUUCGCGCACCACUUGUGGAUUUAUUUACAUCUGUCUUUUUUGUAAAUGUACGCUUACUUUUGGUAUGUCAUAAAAAACAGUCUUGGCUAGUGAUUCGUGAUAGUUAACCAGACAGUCGCGGUAUUAUGACGCAAGCACAGGCUAGUUAUCAUAUGUUGUUAGCACACAGUAGUUAGCAAACCAACGGUGCUAACAUGCUAACUACUGCAUUAUAUUUGCUGCCACUUAACCAGAAAGUUUUCUUCCUGUCUAUUGGAAGCAACGUUAGCAGGGGCGGUGUCACUACAGAGCAUUUGUGCAUUGUACCUUACAGUUACGGCAGAAGACACUUAAUUUAUUAGAGAAAAGAAAGCAACCUCCGCUGUAGGAGAGGCUAGGACCAGCUGCCUGUUCCUCUCACAUAAUCUCUGAUGUCGAGCUGAAUUUUGUGUUGAUGUUAAUGUGGUUAAGAGCUUCUCUUACAUUAAUGUUAAUGAGGCUGUCUUACAGCCUUUUAGUGUUCGUUCGCAGUCCGGUCAUUUCAUGAGUUGCUGCCAGUGUUUUCAUUUUGAACCACACUCUCUGCCUGCCUCAUUCCAGUGGUGGAAGCUAAGCACAUUUACUCAAGGAUGCUUAAGUACAACUUCAUGUACUUUUACUUUAUUUCCAUUGUAUGCUUCUUUCUACUUGUACCACACAGACAGGAAUGUUAUAGUUUUCACUCCACUAACAGCUGCAUUUAUUUAAAACCUGAUACACAGUCUAAUAUUGAAGUUUUGCAAUCGAAACAUAAGAUGCUGCCUACACAUGAAGGCAUCCAUAAUAGUCCAUAAUAGUAAAGCAAUAAUGUAACACUAUGAAAGGGGACAGUCUUCACAAUGAAUAAUUUUACUCUUGUUACGCAAGUAAAUUUGGCUGAUGAUACUUUUAAUUUCAGUAGAAUUGUUUUACAUCAUAUUAUUUAUACUUUGAUUUAAGUGCUUAUUGCACCACUGCCUGAUUCAGUCAUGAAGACAGCUACAUACAUCUGCAGGGCUGGAUGAGCUGUGUCAGUUAAAGGCUGCGCAGGAUGACCACUGAGGCUGCCAGCCUGGAGAGCCUUCGUGUGCUGUACCAGAGCGAUGACUACAUCGUGGUGGACAAGCACUGGGACAUCCGCAUUGACAGCAAGAUGUGGUAUGAGAAACACACCGUGCAGGCACAACUUCGGCAUCGCUUCCCUCAGCUGGCAGACCCCAGCACCUACUAUGGAUUCAGGUUCUGUCAUCAGUUGGAUUUCUCCACGAGUGGGGCUCUUUGUGUCGCCCUCAAUAAGGCCGCUGCCGGCCGAGCGUACCGCUGCUUCAAGGACCGCACUGUCACCAAGGCCUACCUCGCCCUGGUACGUGGCUGGGUGCAAGAAGAGACACAAACUUUGGAAUUCUCCAUCGGCAAGAACUCCACAGAAGGAAAAACACACAUGAUGUGUAUUGAGGGAACAGAAGGCUGUGAGAACCCUAAGCCUUGCCAAACUGAGCUGACGGUGCUGGAGUAUGGCUUGUAUGAUGGAGACCCUGUUACCAAGGUGCUACUGCAGCCACUCACAGGCCGAACCCACCAGUUGAGGGUCCACUGCAGCGCAAUAGGCCACCCCAUUGUCGGGGACUUCACCUACAGCUCGGGGGCGGAUGACGCCCCCUACCGCAUGAUGCUGCACGCCCACCUUCUCCACAUUCCCCUGGACCCUCAGCCUCUGUUGGUCUUUGCCGGAGACCCCUUUGUCCCCACGGUGGAUCCCAAGUGGCUCCCGCAGCGCUCGUUACGAACACUGGCGCCCACUGUGGAGGCCCUGCUGGAGCAGAGGGUGGAGGAGGACAGGAAGAUCAAAGAGGAGGAGAGAGAGAGGGCGAGAACGAAGGAGGAGAGGAGGAAAGGAAGCAGGGAACAGAGGACUGAGGAGGAGAGUGAGGAGCAGAGGAGGCAGUGUCAGGAGUGGCUGAGUGAAUGGGCAGGAGACUGAUGUGUCAUAAUUUAUUUAUAUUUAUUUUAGCUGUUUACUUAUAAAGGCCAGGUUGAGCAUGCAUGCUCCAUCUCAUUGACCACCUGCGUUGUAUUUAAAUGUCACAAAUUCAAACCAGUCGCAAACAUAUGUUAGAAAACACGCGUGUGAGCAUGUAAGCUGCUGCUGUCUUUAACAGUUCAUACAAGCGGCAGCUGCCCACUAUGACCAGUGUUUUACAGUGAGUCACUGAGCAGCUCCACCGCAGUAGUCUGAGAGUUAAGUGCCUCACUCCCAGUUCAUGUUGGUAAGCCAGUGGUGGGGUAGAUGCCAUUCAUUCAUCUUGUACACAUCCCACCCCCAAAAGUGUAAGAUUUUUUAAUUGGUGCUUUUUAUAACAAGUUUAUGCUAUAUGUGGUCAGAUCACACAACCAUUGGUGUUGUCACAUUGACUGCAUGGCUUUAACAUACAUGGAAUUCCCUGUUCACCUCUGUUCAUCUCUCUCGUUGGGCAGGUAAAGAAAAGCUCUGAGCUGAACAGCUGUCUGGUUGUUUUUUGUCACAGUGGACUUUUUUACAUGUAAUAAUAUGAUUUAAUGUUAAGGCUUCACUCUGUCACAUUGGUCCAUAAUGACAGGCUGACAUUCCAGGUCAGCUUUUCUUACAUCUUCCUGAAUAAUUGCUAAUUAGGCAAAAUCACUGUUUUUCGGACCUGCUUGCUGCAAGGUGCUACAAUACAGUAGCUACUUCUUAUUUGCAAGAGUGGGACUCACAGACGUCCAGGGAGCGUCAUUCACCUUGAUCAGCUGUCGUCAGUUAUGUUUUGUGUUUUUGUGUAUUUUUUGCUGUCAUGAAGUCUAUUAAAGUUAUUAAUUGAAUAUCA